AAUUAAGAGAGAAAUUUAUAUGAAGCGGAGAAGAGGAGACGAAAGGAGCAAGAAAAAAGCUGAGGUGAAGUUCGAUCGGUCGUCUAUGGCGGUGAUUCUCCGGUGGCCGUUUUUCCACUGAACUGAAUCUCUGUUGCGUUUCAGGCGGAGAUUUUCUCUUUACUGAGACUCAUAUGCCGGCGAUUGGAUCUUCUGGUUUCCGGUGACUGAGCGGGGAGUUGGAUAGUAUAGUUUAUGUUAUGAUUUGACCUUUACAGAAAGUCAGUUGAAUUUUACGAUUUUUUGGUUUUUCUAACUAACGAGGAGGGUGGAGAGAACUUGGUUGAUUUAGUGGUGGAGUUCGAUUUUGUUUUGUGGAGAAAGAGAAUCAGUAGCGAAAAUGAACGGUAGUAGCACGAAUGUGAAUGGGAAUCGGAACGGAGGAGGAUUCAGUAACGCGGAAUGGGAGCUCAUUCGGAGGUACCACAGGAACGAGGCUGCUGAGAAUCAGUGCACCUCUCAGCUUGUUAAGCAUAUUAAAGCUCCUGUUCAUCUUGUAUGGUCUCUGGUAAGGAGGUUUGAUCAACCACAAAGAUACAAACCCUUUGUUCGCAGAUGUGUUGUAAAGGGAAACCUUGAGAUAGGGACUCUCAGGGAAGUUGAUGUGAAAUCGGGGCUUCCUGCCACAACAAGUACAGAGAGAUUGGAACUCCUUGAUGAUGAUAAACACAUCCUUAGCAUGAGGAUUGUUGGCGGAGAUCACAGACUCAAGAAUUACUCUUCAAUCAUUUCCCUGCAUCCAGAAAUCAUUGAUGGAAGACCUGGGACUUCGGUAAUUGAAUCAUUUGUGGUGGAUGUCCCUGAAGGAAACACGAAGGAUGAGACUUGCUACUUUGUGGAAGCCUUCAUCAAAUGCAAUCUCAAGUCACUUGCUGAUGUUUCAGAGCGGCUAGCGGUGCAUGAUCGCACUGAACCUCUGGAAAGGAUUUAAGAAAUGGGAGUGGUAACUAGCAAUGCAUGCGAGGGGUUGCCUCGAAUGAAGCCUCCUAGGCUCUUAUUUCUUUGAAGGCUUUGGAGAUGGACUGGCAUAGGGUAUAUGGUACCCAAAUUAGCAUCAUUUUGUAUCGGUUGAUAUGAUCUUUCUUUUUAUUUUAGUUCUGCAAGUCUUAUCUAGUACCUGGAGCAUAAAGGGUCUUGUAAGGUUUGAGAAACUCUUUGAAGAAUUAAAUUAUUUAGAGACAGAGAGAGAGAGGGAAGCCUAGAUUCCUUCAAGUUCCAGGGUUUUGUUCAUGGUGGUCUAUGCAUAUUUAUGUAUAUAACUUUGGUAGCGAUGAAUGGUUUCUGUA